UCUGAGGUGAGGACCCGCCCCGCGGUCGGUGGCCGCCCGGGUCGCGGAGAGGGCUGAGGCGGGGCGGCUAUGGCGGCGGGGGGGCUGCCGGCGGGGGGGCUGCCGGCGGCGGGCCCGGCCGAGCCCAACCCCUUCUCCUUCCACGAAUUCGUCCGUAGCAAGGCCCGGAGCGGCGAGGAGGUAGGCGGCGCCCGCCAGGCGGCGCGGCCCUGCCCGAGCCUCGGCCCCCUCUUAUUCCCGGAUCUGGUGCCGCCCGGAGAGGCGAAGGACGAGGAGGAGGAGGAGGAGGAGGAGGAAUGGAGCGGGAGCUACCAGCCCUUGACCGUGGAGCAGGCCCAUCUCGCCGCCGCGGGCCUCGACUCGCCCUCCGCCGGCUCCUUCUUCUGCGAGGGGCUGGCAGGCAGCGAGGACCCGAGCGUAGCCUCCCUCGGAGCCCCGCCGGGGCCGGGCUUUCACUCCCUGCGGCAGCCCAGCUACGAGGAGCUAAAAGAAGAGAAUGCCAGUUUGAGAAGCAAGAUCAAUAAGCUUCAGAUUUUCUCUGAAACUCAAGCAGACAAGAUGAGGAAGCUUGAAAAAAAGCUUGAGGAAAACAAAAUUAAAGAAGAAAAAGAAGCACAGGAUUUGGAAGCAAUGGUGCAGCACGUGGAACAAAAUCUCCAGCUGAUGACUAAACGGGCUGUUAAAGCAGAAAACAGCGCUACAAAACUGAAACAGGAAAACGCAUUACUUCAGGUUCAGCUGAAGAAUUACAAGACAGAGAAUGAAGCUUUGAGGCUGGGCCAGUCAGCAAGUCUGGCCGCGGUGAAACAAAACGCGGACAUCGCCCUACAGAACCUUCUCACAGUUAUAACAAACUCCCGCUCUUCAAUAAAGCAGCUGGUCUCCGGAGCGGAAUCGCUGCAGCUCGUUGCUGAUCUCCUUAAAUCAAUAGACAGAAUUUCUGAAAUGUCAGAAGAUGGACAGUAAAGCUGCAAAACGGAUUCAAACUGAGAACUUCGCUUUCAUGCAGAAAUCGUUACUUAAAAGUUAAUUUCCGAUACUCAACCUGGUUACGAUGCGAACUGCUGCAGAACUGGCUUCUCCAUCUCUACCUGUCGGGCAGCCACAGCCACCGGGUUGCUAAAACCUGAAUCGACAAGAGUAUGUCCCUUUUUUCCUGCUACACGGGGACGACGGCCCCUCCUUGCCUCGCACCCCGCAUUCCUGCGAGCCCCCCCCCCCGGUUUUGCCUGGGACCCCACAAACCCCCCCGGCUUUGGCUGGGCCCCCCCUUGCCUUUCUCUUCCCCAUCAGGGUGUUCCUGGCCGCGGAGGGAAAAGGGGUUGUGGGGCUUUCGAGCCGGGCCCGGCCGCCGGAAGCGGUUUGUAAUCAUCCUCAUCGCGGCCGCUGUGUGACGGGUUUUGUGGCGCUAUUAAAGACCGCGGAGGUGGCGGCA